GACAUAACUAUUUAUAAAUUUUAUAAGGACAGAUUGCGACGCCGGUGCUCGCGUGUUGAGGUUUAGGUGGUGGCUUCAGAGACGGCGGGCUUUCCAGCUCAAGCAUCAUGACGGGGAAGAAGUCUUCCCGGGAAAAGCGGCGCAAAAGGAGCGGCCCGGAGCGCGGCGAGCGCAGGAAGCGGCGGAGCACGAACUCGGCCUCCGGGGUGCCGGGCUCGGCGCCGCAGGAAGCCAAAUAUCUUUUACCAACUUUGGAAAAAGAAUUAUUCUUGGCAGAGCACGGUGAUCUUGAAGAAGGUGGUCUGGACCUGACUGUGUCAUUAAAACCGCUUAGUUUCUACAUAUCAAACAAAAAAGAAAUGCUUCAGCAGUGCUUCUGUGUCAUCGGAGAGAAGAAGUUACAGAAAAUGCUGCCUGACUUGUUAAAGAACUGUUCAGUAGAAGAAAUUAAAAAAUUAUGCCAAGAACAGUUAGAACUCCUAUCUGAAAAAAAAAUAUUGAAGAUUCUUGAGGGUGACAAUGGUAUGGACUCUGAUUUGGAAGAGGAGGCAGAUGGCUCGAAAAAGGGAUCUGAUUUAGUCAGUCAACAAGACAUCUGUAUAGAUUCUUCUUCAUCCCUGAAAGAGAACAAGCAACCUGAAGGUCUGGAAUUAAAACAAGGCAAAGGGGAAGAUAGUGAUGUUCUCAGUAUACAUGCAGAUGCUUAUGACAGCGACACAGAAGGCCCAUGCAAUGAAGAAGCAGCUGCUCCUGAGGUCCCAGAAAAAACAGCCCAGAGUGAAGCUGGUCAGAUAGAUGAUCUGGAGAAAGACAUUGAGAAAAGUGUGAAUGAGAUUCUGGGACUGGCAGAGUCUAGCCCAAAGGAGCCCAAAGCAGCUACCCUCACUGUUCCUCCACCAGAUGUUCAGCCUUCUGCUCAGCAGCUGGAGCUGCUAGAACUUGAGAUGAGGGCAAGAGCCAUUAAAGCCCUGAUGAAAGCUGGUGAUAUAAAAAAGCCAGCCUAGUUAUUUAAUUUGAACCUGAAUUUUAGGUGUGUUUGUACAAAGCCACAUGGUAUGACUUUGUAUCUGAAAUUUAUUUGGGUCUUACAUGAUAUUUCUCAUGUAACCCUUGUUAGAUAAACUCAAUCUAGACCUAAAAUACCUAUGGCUAUUUUUGUUGAUGUUACUUUUAUAUUAUACAUGUGUUAUUGUUUUAU